AUGAGUGAGCAGCGAAGGCAGCAGCUGGAAAAGGUGUCCACAACCUCGCACUUUGCCAGGCAGGAUUGUCAGCCUUGUCGUUACGUUGGUGCGGGCGCAUUCCUUUUCGCUGCUUCAUUCAUUUGGUACAGUUCAUGGGGCAGUGCUCAUCGCCGCCCAUUCUACAGACAGCUACCUCUGCGACUGACCGCCGUUGGUUAG